AGAGAAGCGGCUGCUGUCUGCUAAUCGCGAAGUGAGCGUGUCCUGAUGGCGGAGCUCUGUUAUAACCGAGGUUGUGGCCUGCGCUUUGAUCCCCAAAACAACCGAGAGGAUGAUUGCUGUUACCACCCAGGUGUUCCAAUCUUUCAUGAUGCACUCAAGGGAUGGUCCUGCUGCAAGAAAAAGACAACCGACUUCUCAGAAUUUCUGGCAAUCAAAGGAUGCACAAAAGGUCAGCACUCCAACGUAAAGCCUCCAGAGCCUCUGAACCCCGAAAUUACACGUAACAAGGAUCCGACAGAAAACUCAAAGUCACAGUUUGAUGCUGAGUACAUCAUCAAAGGUCCCAAAUCAGCAGAAUCAAUGAAGAAAGACAGACCAAGCUCUGAUGAACCAAUGGUAAAACUGCCUCAGAAAGUCUCAAAGUCACUGCAGGAAUCCCUGGAAAAGCUCAGCAAGGCUACUCAGGAGAAAAGCACAACGAGAGAGGAGGCACCCAGUAGUGAACUUAAAGUGGGCACUUCAUGUAAACAUGCUGGCUGUAAGGAGACAUUUCAAGGGCCAGAUAGUGAUCUGGAGACAUGCAACUUUCAUCCUGGAAUUCCCAUCUUCCACGAAGGAAUGAAAUAUUGGAGUUGCUGUAAGAUAAAGACGACAGAGUUUGAGGAAUUCAUUGAACAGCCUGGCUGCAUCAAGGGCAAGCAUCUUUGGACCAAGAAAGAAGCAGAUAAGAAACUGGUUGGCUGCCGGCAUGAUUGGCACCAGACUGGCAGCGAGGUAGUCAUCACAGUCUAUGCAAAAAUGUCUAACCCAGAGCUCAGCUACAUAGAUGCUAACCGUACAAUGUUAACUGUCCAUAUCAUGUUUGAACAGGAUAAAGUUUUUCACAAAGUAUUAAAUCUAUGGGGUGUUGUUGAUGUAGAAAAAAGCUGUGUCAAUAUGGGCCCAACAAAAGUGGAAAUCAGCCUUAAAAAAAUGGAUCCUGUGACCUGGGCCAAACUUGAAUUGCCACCUCUCAAAGUUGAAGAGAAGGAACAGAAAGAAAAAGAAGAGGAAGAUAAAGAAGGUAAACCUUUAAUCCAGGAGCAGAAAGAACUCUAUAUGGGAGAUGAACCACCACCUUUAGAAGAUGACGAGUCCGAUGACAGUUUAGGACUUUCUGAUACCGAUGAGGAAUUUGAUUGAUGAUGCACUUAACGUUGAGUAGCAUUUAGACUCCACAAUUUAAAUAGUGAAAGACUGCUAUUGUGCAAUUUCACUUGUCUGAUGUGGUCUGUUAGCCUCCUUUUAAAAUAAUCUGUCUUACAAUCACGAAUUUCUGGAACUUAGUUUACAGUGUGGACCAUCAUGUGAUACAUGUAUCGUUACAUCAAAAUGUAAAAGACUAGAGAUUGAAAAUAAACAAUUAUUCAAUGAUGGCA